AUGCCUGAAACAAUGGUUGAUUCUAAUCAUCCUCUUGCACUUGCAAUCGAAAGAAAUUCAAUUGAAGAUGUUAAACGUUUAGUAGAAGAUGGUGCUGAUAUUAAUAUGAUCUUUUACUCAAAAACCUUAAGGAUGGGCACUCAUAGGCUCCUGACAGCAUAA